AUGAGAAGUGGCACGGAGCAAUUUGGUGACGUGGCGCCUACUCUUGUCGCCAGGGCCAAGCAGAGUGCCGGCAGCCUCCUGGACGGCUUGGACACAGCUACCUCGGAGGUUCGGGAACUCCUCAACGGUGUCUUCGGCAGCUUUCAGAAGCAUGACCUCGGGAAGGUCUGUACACCAACAGAUGUGGGGUUUUGGUAUUAUGUUCCCACGGACUGUGGCUUCUUCGACAAGUUCGGGAACAUCUUCUCAAGCCCCUCUGCUGCAGACUCCAACUGGGGUGGUGCUGUGGACCGGCUCCGUGAGUGCACGAUGAAGACUGGCACCUUCAACUUUCCGACUCCCUUUCUCGAUUUCCGCGUUCAGGAGUUCUGCCUUCCCACGGAGGUGCAGACCCCCGUCGAGUACAUCCUCGGCAUCUUCAAGUUUGGUGCCAACGGCGCGACCAGUCUCGUCAGCCACUUCGAAACCAUCGCCGCGAAGGUGCAAGGCUUGGUGAGCUCUUCGGGGUUGGACCUGAUGCAGAUCGGGCAGCAGAUGAAGCUUCGGAGGAACGCACAACGACAGCUCGCCCUUGCCCAGACCGGGGGAAAUGCCUCCUCUGGUGUAUGGCACCGCUGUGCUUGCGAACAGGCUUAUCACUCCACCAACCCCACGUGUAUGCUGGGGAGCACCUGCCAGUGCAAUGGACAGGUACGGUACGGCUACGGGAACCAGUGGUACACUCUGACGGCUUCGGGCAGCAUCCAGUGCUCCAACUCGGUGUUCGGUGAUCCCUUCAGAUCUCAGGGGAAGGAAUGCCAGUGCUUCGCGCCCAAGGUGGAGCAAGGCUCCUGGGAACGCUGUGCUUGCGCGAAUGUGGCUCACCCCACUUUCCCGAGCUGCACAAGCUCAUCCACCUGCAAUUGCACUGGCCAGGUCCGUUUUGGCUAUGGCGACAAGUGGAGCACGAGCAUGGCCACCGGAGAUAUCCAGUGCGGCACGAGCGUCCUCGGUGACCCCGACCCGGGUCAAGCUAAGGAAUGCCAGUGCUUCAAGCCCAGCGUGAUUCCCAAGAGCACUUGGGGCCUACAGGUUUCGACGUGCUUUGACUGGACCUUCGUCGCCUUCUCUUUUUCCCUGUGCGUCGGCCUUCUCUUUGGAGAGAAGGAUGGGGCCGUGGUGCUCCCGAACCUUGUAAUGGACAUCGAGUUCGGCGCAACCUCCUUCUAUGAGUCGGCCUUGGAGAAGAAGGAGCCCGAGGCCGGAUUCUCCCUGGACUUCGACUUCAAGGAGGAGUAUCCGGCCUUCUUGCCUGCCAGCGAGCCACGUUGGGGCGUCGCGGGCUCCAUGGAUGUGGCUUUGGCCGGAGAGCUCGAAGGCGUUUCACAGGUCGGCGGCGAAGUGGGCGUCACCUUCUUGCCGGAUCCGACGGUGGCACGAGGAUACAGUUUCACGCUGUCGCUCUCCACGGACUCUGCCGGUGAGGAAGCUCAAGCAUCGUUGUUGUCUCAGAUGCAGGAGUCGGCACAGCGAACGAAGGCACACGCACUUUCCCAAGGCGCUUCCGCGACCGAGGCCGCAGCAUUGAUGGCAGCGGUCGGCCACUUGGCCAAGUCAAAGGACUUCGACCGAAUGUUGGAGACGGCAGUUCUACCUCGUUCGGAUCAACUUCUGCAGGCCCUGGACGGGGCCGCAACCAAGGCGGUUCCGCCGGUGAAGUUGGAGGUGUCGGUGACCGCGGAGGUGUCUUUCUCCUUUUGCCUCACGCCGCCGGUGUGCCACGGGCAGUGA